CAUUUAAAUAUAACAUGUGAACACCGACGAAGCACCUUGUUUCACUACAAUUUCAUCAUCUAAAUGUACACUAACUUUAGAAAAUGGUCUUAAUUUUGAUUACAAAUUACUUAUAAGUGAUUUCGGAAUGUUAUCCAAGAAACUAAUUAGUGCGGCUUUGGUUAAUGCCAAUCGGGUCCGUUACUAUUCUGCUAGCAGUAGUGGAGGAAAACAGCCCGGAUUUGUCUCUAAAUUUAUUGAUAAUAUUAGACAAGAAUUCACAAAGAAUAAGGACAUGAAGGAUAACAUCUCAAAGUUCAGAGAAGAGGCAAAAAAGCUAGAAGAGUCAGAAGCGUUGAAGCAAGCUCGUAGAAAGUUCGAAAUUGUUGAAUCUGAAGCUAGCAAAGGUGGGGACGUAUUUAAGGAGCAGUUGGACGUUGUGAAAGGAAAACUUCAGCAACAAUUAAAGGAUGCCUCUCAGUCAGAAUUAGCCAAAAAAGCGAGUCAGAUGGGUGACAGUUUGGGAAAACAAGCUCAAAAUGUUGCGAGUUCAAUGGCAGACGCUGGUGCCAAGGUAGCAGCGACACAACCGUUUCAAGCUGUUGCAGGGGCUGCUGCUGUAGUCCGGGAUGAAAUAGAAUUAGGUCAAAUAGGGGACAAAAUUUACAAACCACCUGAAAAACUUCGGAAAAGGACACAAUCCUCGGCUGUCUCGAAUGAAGAUAUAACGCCAAACACUGAAGCGAUGGGUAUUGAGCUACAUAAAGAUUCAAAGUUUUACCAGAGUUGGGAAAAAUUCAAAGAUUCUAAUCCGUACGUCAACAAAAUGCUGGACUGGAAGAUAAAAUUUGACGAAAGUGAGAACCCAGUUAUCAAGGCAUCCCGCCUCUUAACUAAUAAGGUGUCAGAGGUUAUGGGUGGUUUAUUUCAAAGAACAGAAUUGUCAGAUACACUGACAGAAAUUAUGACGAUUGACCCAACUUUUGACAAAGAAAAGUUUCUCCUCGCUUGUGAAAGAGAUAUCAUCCCAAAUAUUUUAGAAGCAAUGUGCAGAGGAGAAUUAGACAUUUUAGAAGAUUGGUGUUACGAGGCAGCAUUUGCAGCCAUGUCGUAUCCAUUUAAAACAGCAAGAGAACGAGGUUUAAAAAUAGAGUCAAAAAUUUUAGACAUUUCUCAUGUCGACUUAGCCAUGGGUCGUGUCUUGGAGCAAGGGCCUGUGCUAGUCAUAACAUUCACAGCACAGCAGGUAUCUUGCGUCCGUGACGCAACAGGAAAAGUAGUCGAAGGAGAUCCUCAAAAAGUCCUACGAGUGAAUCACGCUUGGGUAUUGUGCAGGGAUAGAACUGAAGUACAUCCUGGUGCAGCCUGGAGAUUGCUAGAACUUUCUGCGUCUGCUUCAGAACAAUUAAUGUGAGAAUAACAACCUUAAUUAGUUAGUGUUUUAUAUUGUAAAAAUGGCAUGGAAAAACAUGUCUACAACUUGAAACAAUUAUUAUACCAACCUAGUUUCAAAUCCCGUUGAACUGAAUAAAGACAAUUGUUAUAACAAAAUCUA